AGUGGUAGCUGCAGCCGCUGGGUGCAGCAGCACGGUGGAGAAGAGGCUGUGUUUGGAUUAGGGGGUUGGGCUGCCUGCUGGUAGGAAACCUGCCGCCAGACAUUCAGCUGGACUCCGGCGGCGCAGCGUUGCUUCCCGCAUCAGCAGCAUCAGCACCGCAGCGCAGUCUCCAGCAUCUCCAGCAUCACCUGCUUCCUUCCGUCUGCGCGUCCCUCCGCCUCUGUGACCAGAGACAAACGGUGUCGCAGCGCAGAGGGGACGGACGUACAAGGACGACCAGCUGAGCAGUCUUCAGGGAAAUAAAAGGGAUAUAUAUAAGGGCGGUGAAAAAUGGUGAAACUGGGGAGUAAUCUUCAAGACAAAGGGGCCAAACCUGUGAGCGUGGAGGACGGCUUUCAGAAUGUGCCCCUCAUCACUCCACUGGAUGUUGGCAGCCUCCAGAGCCAAGCACCUGACAAGGUGGUGGUGAAAACUCGCACUGAGUACCAGACAGAGAAGAAGAGGCUGAAGGUUCCCAAGGUGGAGGAGUUCACCAUCAGCUUUACUGAUGGGGUGUCUGAGAGACUUAAGGUGACGAUUCUAAUCAUCCUGGCUCUGGCCUUCCUCGCCUGCAUUGUGUUCCUGGUGGUUUAUAAAGCCUUCACCUACGACCACGCCUGCCCAGAUGGAUUCAUUUACAAGCACAAGAGGUGUAUCCCAGCGUCUCUGGAGGCCUACUACGCUGCCCAGGACGCUAACUCGAGGGGCCGUUUCUACACGGUGAUCAGCCACUACAGCAUGGCCAAGCAGACCACCUCGCACUCUGUCUCCCCCUGGCUGCCUGGAGGGGCCGCGGGGCAGCAGCAUGAUGCUAAACCCCCCGCUGGCGAGGGCCACUGA